AUGCCGCCCCCGGGCCGGGCGCCGCCGCUCGGGCUCCUGCUGGCGCUGACUGCGCUCCGGUGCCCAGGCGGCCAGGCAGCCCCGUGCGCGCAGGGCCGCCUGGAACGCGGUGAUGCCCAGAGCCAUUGCCUGGGUACCAUGGAGCCGGGCUUCCUGUUGGCACCGACGCAGCUGUCGCCAAAACCUAAGAUGGAGAGCCGAGGGAUCGUGGAUAGCCUGCAGAGGUUUUCCUCGCUCCCUGCCUAUCUACCCACAAGCUUCCACAUCGCCGACGCGGAGGAGGCCUUCUUCCUUAAGGAAGCCAACCAGGACGUCACGAGGAACUCCAGUCUGCAGGCGCGGGUGGAGUCAUUCUUUGUCUACCGGGCCAGGACCCCCCCGACCAUCAAUGCCAGCUAUGGCCCAUUUUCAGCAGAGAAGACAAUCCCGCAGGAGCUCUUGUUGACUUCCCCAGCCUUUGGAAACAUGGAGAAGUUUCCCUUCAACUGGAAGCUGAAAUCCCACAUCCUCGACAGCUCCAUCUACUCCAACAGACCCAAAGUGCAGACCUUGUUUUAUAUCACUGGGAGGGACUGGGACGACAGCGACCCCGAGGAAGAUCUACCGUGUGUCAAGAUGUUUGCCUUCCCCGAGGCCAGGGAAGUGGCAGCCAGCUGUCGGCUGCAAGGGGACCCGGGGCUGUGUGUGGCCGAGCUGGAGCUGCUGCCUGAGUGGUUCAGCUCUGGGCUGGACCUGGAGCCCGAGGAGGAAAUCCCGGCUUUGCUGGGGGGCACUGCGAUGGAGCUCUUCUUCACACUGUACCCGGCUGACCAGGCCGGCCAGUGUCCGCUGGAGGAGGACGGCAAGUGGGAGAACAACAUCCACUCCGGCCAGGACAGCCCCCAGCAGGUGCCUCCAGCCCGGGAGAGGAUCGGGAGUGUGGUGGUCUACCCAACUCAAGACGAUCUGAAGUGGUCCCUGGUGAGCCUGGAUGAGAACGUUGUCAUCUCAGUACCCCUGAACCUCGUCCGGGAAGGGGACACGGCCACCUUUUUGGUCUCUCUGACCAGCAGCUCUGUGGCAGACCACUUCACUCUGAGAAUUAAGGCUGCAGCUGGUGUGAGAAUAUCGGCCGUGCGCGUCAGCAGUCAGCAGCAGUGGGCGGUCCAGGAGGACAUCGACAGCGGCAGCGAGCAGACAGCAGCCACCCUCACCUGUGUGGGCCACCACCCGGACACGCAGAGCAGGGCAAAUGGCUCCUUCUAUGAGAUCUUGCAAGUGGACUUUGGGAUCGACAACAGCAGUGGCCUGGCCGGGGCCCAGCCCAUCACCUGGCAGGUGGAGUAUCCGGUGGAGGACUCUAUGAGCGAACUGGCCGUCUCUGAGAUCUUCGUCAGCCAGACAUCCUUUGUGGGCAUCGUCCCUCUUGUAAUGGAUACGGAGGUGCUGAACACGGCCGUCCUCACGGGGAAGCCUGUCGCGGUUCCCGUCAAGGUCGUGGGCAUUCAGGAGGAUGGCUCCGUGGUGGACGUGUUGGAGGCUGUGGAGUGCAGGUCUGCGGACGAAGACGUCGUGAAG